AUGGGCGAUGAGCUAUGUUACCUUCUCGAACCUUCCUGGACAUUGGGUCAGGAGCGUCGGCUACAACUCAUCGGCAACUCGCCACUCGCCAACGAAGGCAGAUAUCUCAGAGAGAGACCCGAUCUAGCCUUUGUAGUCUACAAGCACUAUAAGACGUACGAUGAUCGGGCCGAGGCCGGGAAACAGACCACAGUCGAAGGUCCUAUGCUGGAUGCCCCAGUCCCAGCUGGGAAGACAGUUCAACUGCUGUCCGAGCAAAUGAUCUUGGCGGUAGACGAACUUGUCAACACCCAACCAACCUUCGAGGACUGUUUCCCAGACUGGGACUCUAAGGAACCUAUCCACUCCCCCUUUCUAUUCUGA